AUGUCAUACGAAUCGUCCGCCGCCGAGGUUGCGGAGGACUACCGUCAAGCUCUCGAAGACUUGACUACCAACGUGCGCUUCGAAAUCAGCAAUCUGACGAUGAUUGCAAGAGAGCAGACCGAGCAUGCCCAGGUCAUCUCUGAAGUUUUGCAGGACCACAUUUUGAAGGCUCCAGCACACAAGAAGCUACCAGCCCUCUACGUUCUCGAUUCGAUCGUUAAGAAUGUCGGCACUCCAUACACGCUGUUCUUUGGAGCCAAACUAUACACGACAUUCAUGGAGGCGUACGCCGCUGUGGACGGUCAGGUUCGCCGCAAGAUGGACGAGAUGCUUCGUACCUGGAAGGAGCCAGUCCCAGGAUCUCUCGACAAGCGCCCAGUCUUUGCCCCCGAGAUAACGCAGCCCAUCGAGAAUGCCUUGUUGAAGGCUCGUACAUCGGCUCUUCAGGCCCAACAAGGGCGAGGGGCCGGUCGCGGUCGACCGCCUGCUGCGCCCUACCGCGAAACCCCGACACCCCCAGGCAUACGACCUGGAGCGGCCCAACAGAUGCCCUUUGGUCAGCCGCCGCCUGUGCCGCAGGUGAACGGUAACCGGCCCCCAAGCGCACCGCUGCCGCAUCACCCGCAAAUGGCUCCUUACGCGCCUCCCCCGCCGUCAUACAGUGCUCAGCCCUCAGCGGCCCCAGGCCCUUACCAGCCCCCUACGCAGAUGCCGUACGCGACUGGACUCUCGGGUCCGCCUCAUGCUGCUGGAAUAAGCAAAGACUCUCUGGGUCAAGAUAUCCAGAAGUUGAUUGAUGCGUCGAAGUUGGAGUUUGCGCAGAACCCCCAUGAUCAUAGUAUUCAACAAAGACUCAAGGCGUUGCUGGAUGUGCAGAGCUUGCUACAACACCAGAACUUGCCCCAGGACCAGUUAGUCCUGAUUAAGAAUCAAGUAGCCGAUCUUGCUGUAAAAGUGAGGCCGUUCUCGGCCCAGAGCGCAACCCCUGCCGCAACACCCGUCCCCUCUCAUCCACCGCCGCCUCCUGCGGCGCCUGUAGUUACAUCUGGACCACCGCAGCAGCCUGGUGCGGUGACGCUUGAUGCCCUCUUGGGCCAAGGAGCUCUUGCUGCAUUGUUGUCGAGACAGUCAGCCACACCGCAGGUUGCCACGCCCCCACCUCCAUCUGCCAGCAUGGCGAUUCGGUCUCCCCCGCCGCAAAAGGUUGAGCCGUAUCGACAGCCCAGUGCGACGCCGGCGGCAGAUCCCAUGGCUUUGCUGGCCGGCUUACGACAAGCCGGGCUGCUUCCCGGGCCAGCCCCGAGCGCAACUCCAACACCGGCGCCUCCUCCAGGUCCGGUACCGCCUCCUGGAAUGCCCAUGUUGCCUGCUGGCUUGCUGCCUCCUAAUCUUGCAAGCUUGCUAGCAUCAGGUCAACUGCCACCGCGUCCUCCCCUCGGAGGCAUGCAUGGCAACCAGCUUGACGCCACGGCUCUUAAACAGCAAUUCCAGCCACAUCUGAUCCCGUCCAUGUUUGAUCAGCUGGGUCCCCAGUGUACUCAGUGCGGCAGACGAUUCAAGACGGACGAGGAGGGCAGAAAGAAGAAGAUGGCACACAUGGACUGGCAUUUCAAGGCUCAUCAACGGCUUGCGGAAGCAGAGAAGAGGGGUCAGCAUCGCAGCUGGUACGUCGACAGCAAUGACUGGAUCAAGUCACGAGAAGCUAUCGACGUCGACCAUGUCCAAUCAGCAGACAACUCAUCAUCUAGUCCUGGUCGGGCGAAGAAGGAGGCCAAGCCUCGAUACAUCCCAGUGCCGGACGCCUCGAGCGGUAUCAACAGCAUCUGUCCAAUUUGCCAGGAAAAGUUCGAGAACAAGUGGUUAGACACCGCCCAGGAAUGGGUUUGGUUGGACACCACGCUGGUAGGCAACCGAGCAUACCAUUAUAGUUGUCACUCGGAAGCGACACAGGCUAGGGAGAGCAAGCCGCCAUAUUCGAAGGGAACGCCCGAGCGGUUGCUGGGUAAACGCAAAGCAGAGGGUGACUUGAAACAUUCGCGUGGAAGGAUGAAGAAAGACAAAGACGCACUGAAAUGGCCCAAGACGGAACUUGAUUACUAG